UGGGGAUGGAGGUGAGGCGGAAGACGGAGAGAGGGCCAUAAUUGUGUACAAAAAUGCUGAGGAGAUUAUGCGCGUCAAUGUUUUGCAAAAAGGCUUCAACAUACACAGUCAGCCGAAGAACUACAUGAACUUUCGGACGAAUGUUGAGGAGAUAAUCUACCAUGCGGUUAGGUCGGACACCGCCAAGUCGCCGUACACGAGCUUUAAGAUUGCAAACAAGUACAUCUCGGCAAUAAACGACUUCGAUGUUCUUGCGGGCAUGCGCGUAAGUGAAGCGUUUGGUGGUGUUGUGAUGAGUCUUUUGCAGUCUCUCAAGGCGCUAGUGAAGAUGGUGUUUGAUUCCUCUGUUCGUGCGUCCACGGUGAUACACCGUGUUGGGGACUUGUUUCUCAUGGAUGAGUUCGAUAUUGAUUCGUUCAUUCUGACUAGCUCGUCUUACGGGCACUGGCCGUGGCUAAAAGCGUUCAUGCGUCGGCACGAGAUUUAUCUGAAUGGAGCUGAAUUCACGCGACACGCAUUGACUAUGCGUGAACUGUAUAUAAAGUUUCUCUAUCACACUGUUGGGCCGAAGAACUCACUCGUUGGUGAGAUGACGCAGAGGAUGCUUAAGAGUGGUGUUGAUGGUGAUGGUGGUAGAGGUGUGGGAGUUGGUGGGGAUUCGGGCGAAUCCGCACCCUCGCUCUGCAAUGCAAUUGUGUCGUCGUCACCGCCGGAGUUGGCGGCUUGCAGUGGUGCGUCGAGCGCUUCGGCAGAUGGGCAGGAGUCGCAGUUCCAUCGGAGUGCGGAUGACUUUCUGCGACUGGCCAAGUGGAAAGUAGACGACCUUAGUUUCCUAGUGGGUUCUGAUUUGGCCAUCUUUGGGACCAAAUGCCAUCCUUGCAUCAGCUUGCGAUUGAGUCCGCUUCACAAGCCGAUAAAUGUGCUGACGGGCAUUGACAUAUGGUUGGAGAACAUUCUCAAUGAGGUGCCGGAGGUGGCGAUGUGUUUUCACAACGAGGGUAUUGUGAUGCAGGAG